UUCGAGGUUUUAGUUUCUCGUUUUUGCACAAACACAAAUCCAUAUUUGCACAUAUGACUACACAGUCAACGCUACUACUAAGAAAACAGCUCAAAGAGUUGACUAAACACCCUGUGGAGGGAUUCUCUGCUGGUUUGGUUGACGAUGAGAACGUCUAUGAGUGGGAAAUCAUGAUUCUGGGGCCACCAGAAACAUUAUACGAAGGCGGCUUUUUCAAGGCAAACAUGACAUUUCCAAAGGACUACCCUUUAAUGCCACCUUCACUUAGAUUUGUCACAGAAAUGUGGCAUCCUAAUGUAUAUCCAAGUGGAGAUGUGUGUAUUUCAAUCUUGCAUCCGCCAGGUGAAGAUAGAUUUGGGUACGAAGAUGCAGGGGAGAGAUGGAUGCCCGUACAUACAGUAGAAACAAUCUUGCUGAGCGUAAUUUCAAUGCUAUCUUCGCCUAAUGAUGAAUCACCUGCAAAUAUUGAAGCUGCU